CAGCAUAGAAUCCCAGGGGGACAGGGUGGCUAUGAAGAAAGGGCAUCUGAUCUUCUGAUCAUCUUUGCCCUUAUCAAAUCUCUCGCUCGCCAGCACCCAUAAGCUUACUUACUAUAAGAAGUAGUAAAAAUCGAGUCUUGAAGCAGCACUUGCUGGGAUUUUACGCGACUGGAAGGAAUGGCGGACAAGCCCAGCAGAGGGUUAGUACUCUAUGGAGAUGGGUUAGCUCCUUUUCUCGCUGAUAAGCACACACAUUUGCACUCCUUCGCCUCUCGCGCUUUCUGUGGCUUCUUGUCCCUCCCCAAUUCACCUCCUUCAGAAAACGAAGAUGCUAGAGUGAUCAGAGAGUUUGCUCAGCUUGUGGAUGCUUGUGACAGUAAUCAAAAUGCAUGCGGAGAAGAAGGGGCUUCUGAGAAAGUUGAUCAGCGAAUGCCAGUCAUCUCUGAGAGGUUUAUGGGAAUGAAAUGUGCUAUAAUUACAAACAAUUCAGCAUUAAGAACUUUUGGAGUGAAAUUGGGACUGAAGGCUUUUGAGUUAAGCGAAUUUAUCGACGUGGGGCAUCCCAUAUCCGAUACUGCAGCUGGGAAGUUGCUGAAUUUGCUUGGUUUUGAAGAAGGGAAAGUUUCAGUGACAAGUUCAUUUGAUUUAGUCUUUGUCCACAUUGGAGGAGAUAAUAAUAAUACUGGGGAGAAGUACACAGAAAAUGUGAAUGGACUAGUUGGGAGCUUAGUGAAGAAUAUAGAUGAACCUGAUUCAGAAAUUGGUUUGCGCCUGCAUCUAUCAAUUCUAAUGAGUUAUGGGACUGUAGUGGAUGCAGAUGAUAGCUUCUCUGUUUUGAAAAGUAAUGAUUCUGAUCUGUCUAGGUUAUUACAACCUUCUCAAAGCUAUACAAUGAGAGGUCGGAAUCUAAGAAGUAACGUUAGGCAUCACUAUCCCAUAUUAAUUGGUCAGUGGCAGAAUGCUGUAACUCGCAAAGAUGGAGCGAAAGGGUUUUGUUUCAAACAGUUUAAAGAUAAUGGUGGGAUGCUGACUAUACCCGCAGAUAGAUUUAUACAUGAAGUGGCAUUUAAGCUCUGGAAAACACCUAAAUAUGGAGCUUGAAGCUGCUCUCAUGAUAUGAUGAUUGUGUAGCUUAUAAAAUAAAACACUUUGGAUGGGAAGAAGAAGAAGAAGAAGCAAGAAGAAUGAUAAGAUUAUAAAGGUUGUAAGAUUUUAUACUUUAUUUUUCAUGUCUUUCUUCUUAAUGUUAAUGAUACCUAGACAAUAUUCUCACUAACAUCCAUUCUGAACAAAGACUCCUUUUUAAUGCUAUACUUUUCAUUCA